GCGUACAAUAAGAACAACUAUUAAAUUAAAACGAAAAUUAUGGCGAAGACAUUCGUUAUUGCAGUUGUAUUGGUAACAUUAACACUUUUACAACCUAUGAAUUGUCGCAGAGGCGGAGGGGGCCGUCGUGGAGGCUCUGGAAGACAAUCAAACACUCGAGCCCAGCCAAAUUAUCCAAGACAGCCCAGUUAUCCACGACAACCAAGUUAUCCAAAACAGCCUACUUAUCCACAACAACCAAGUUAUCCAAAACAGCCUACUUAUCCACAACAACCAAGUUAUCCAAAACAGCCUACUUAUCCACGGCAACCAAGUUAUCCCGGACAGCCCAGUUACCCACGACAACCUACUUACCCUAAACCAGCUCACCCGAAACCAAAGAAGAAAAAAAGUUUUUUUAACAAGGGUGGAUACAAAAGUUUUGCAAAAAUUGCUGUUGGGGCGUACUUACUUCAAAAGAUGAAACCGAGCGUUGGAUUCAGAGGUGGGCACAACAGAUACGGCAGUGGUCGAAACCGUCCUGAUUAUUGUUCUGAUUGCAUGUCUAUAGAUGGGUCUGAUGUAGGGUGUGAAAAAGGAUACCGCGUUGAUAUAUUCUCAACGCAAAGAUCAUGCAGACCUUCAGUUUUUAGACCUUAUUGCUCGACAGAAUAUGGAAUAACAAACGAGAACCUUACCUAUGUCAGAAGAUCAUGUAAUGAAAGAUGGUGCAAGUCAUGUACACAGCAACUCGUCACGGCCACCGGAAAAGCUGAAAUGAAGUGUUAUACAAUACAAUGUGAUCUUUGUACAACAGACAACUGUAACAGCUGGGACAUGCAACGAACGUUUCACAAUGAUUGGACUGGAAUUAUGGAAGCUAACACAGAAGGAUCUGGAUUCGAAGUCGAAGAAGAUGAUGGUAGCGGCAUUGAAGAUGAAAAUGAAGAUGGUGAUCCAGGGAGCUUUGUCCUCAUCUCGGGAAACUUGUAUUUGACCGCGUGCAUGUGUCUGUUAGGUGUUCUGCUGAAAUAUUGAUUUUUCUUUACAUGCAUGUUAGAUGCGAGGAAUUGUCGUAAUCAGUGAGCAGUGAAUUGAACAUUGUAUGAGCUUUUUGAGCUGCCAAUUCACGGAGGUCACGAAACAUUCUCAUAUUAGUGAAAGUUUAUCAUGUAUUAUUUUAGUAUAAUUUUCCCUUGUUCUAACAUGAAAUUAUCAGAGUUAUGAUGUUUUAAGUUUGCCAAAAAUGAACUCGAUUUUUUAUCGGAUGCAUCAUUUCGAUCAUGACCGUAAAAUGGCACAGUCAUAUGAAAUCUGAUAGUUUUAUUAAAAAUGAAUGACUGAUACAGGAAAUCAUAAAACUUGGUACACGAUAAACAGUAAAAGCGUUCCGCAAUUCUCGUAUACCACCAUUAUGUCACAUAGAAACCAUUUUUUUAUUUGCCUAUAUUCUUGCCUAUGUAUACACAACAAUAUAAAAAGCAUUAAUUAUUUUUUCGUUUUGUAAAUGACCUGUAGUUAAAUUUUAGAGAGAAACACACGUAUUUGCACAUAACAAAAAUUACAUUGGUGGCUUUUUCAAUACAAUGUCUUGCAAAUUCCGAUGUGAAUGUCUUUUAUUUCGCAUGCGUUUCAGUAAUACUCAAGUUAAUUACAUUGCUUAUUGUGCGUGACUGAUAAUUAAAAUAAAAACAUUAAAUAAUGAAAAGAGAGUAG